GGUCUGCGCGUGCGCAGUCAGUCGGCGGGCGGACAGAGAUGGACAAGUUGAAGAAGGUGCUGAACGGGGAGGACUCGUCGACGGACGACCGUGGCGCGCUGAGCGAGGUAAUUGAAGGAAGCUCCUUAGGAUGGGGAACCAGAGUGAAAGGUUUUCUUCUCUGCUUUGUAGCUGGAAUUAUCUGCUCUAUUUUGGGUGUGUGCUUGCUCUGGAUUCCAAAAAGAGGGUUAAUACUUUUCGCUAUCUUUUAUAGCAUUGGGAACAUAUCGUCCAUUGGUAGUACAUUGUUCCUGAUGGGGCCUGUAAAACAAUUGAAAAAAAUGUUUGAGCCAACCCGAUUGAUUGCUACCAUUGUGGUGCUUGUUUGCCUGGUGUGUACACUAUGCUCUGCAUUUUGGUGGAAGAAAGCUGGGCUUGCUUUGAUAUUCUGUGUGUUGCAAUUCUUCGCAAUGACCUGGUAUAGUAUUUCGUAUAUUCCAUUUGCAAGAGAUGCAGUGAUGAAGUGCUUUACAACUUGUUUGGCGUGAAAACUGUUUACUUGAAGAUGGGAAGUUGGAACAUUGUGUUAUAAGCAAAGGUCUGCAUGUUGUGUUUUUCUGUGCCUAUUACGAAGAAUCAAAAGUUUCACUUGGUGUCUUACUAUGUGCCUUUUAGUAAUACUGAUAAUUGUGCCUAUAUUUCUUCACUCAUUCACAAUUGAGAAAAUUACUUUCACAUGUAACCUGAUAAUCUAAUUUCUCAUAUUUUAAAAAGAGUAAAUAUUCACUCAAUUUUGGUAUAACAUUCAUUGUAAGGAUAUAACCUAUAUGAUUUAAUCUGUGGAUAAUGCGUGUUCGUUUUAAACAAAGACCAUAUGUACUUUACUAGUGAAACAUUGAUUUUAGGUCUUUCAGAAAUGCUGCUACAACUUUUGCAAAUGUAUUUUGGGUUUUUGUGACAACGAUGUCUUAAAUUGAAGAAAUUGAAAACACUUAAGGUUGAUCUUGCUGAAACAUUUUUUUCAACAUUGGUAUAGUGAUUUUGGAGCUGUAACCUGAUGAUCUUAAUUUUGCUAUUGAAACAAAUUAUUUUUGGUAUUGAAAUUUUGUGGAGUGAAAGUAUCGUUUUUUUUUUUACAAAACUGGCUAAGAAAUUUUAUUAUCGAUCCUCUUGACAACUAAUUUGUACUUUGUGCACCACUGAGGCAAAAGGAAAAAUAAUAUCUGCAAUGUAAUGCUCCUGCAGUAAAAAUUCAGCGAUUAUAAAGGGCUCACAUCUGAAAUAUAGGCAAUGGUGCCUUCAUUAUGUCACUGUAUAUCUUUAACUACAGUGCACCACAAUCAGAGAUGUCUUAUGGAAUCUAAGUGUCUUAACACAUUUGAUAUUAAUUAUUUGGGGUGGUCACGGUGGCACAGGGGUAUUGUUGCUGCACCAGAGACCCGGGUUCGAUCCCGACUACGGGUGCUGUCUGUACGGAGUUUGUACGUUCUCCCCAUGACCUGCAUGGGUUUUCUCCAAGAUCUUUGGUUUCCUCCCACGCUCCAAAGACGUACAGAUUUGUAGGUUAAUUGGAUUGGUAAAUGUAAAAAAUUGUCCCUAGUGAGUGUAGGAUAGUGUUAAUGUGUGGGGAUCGCUGGUCGGCAUGGACCCGGUGGGCCAAAGGGCUUGAUUCCGUGCUGUAUAUCUAAACUAAAGGUUACAAGUGUGCCUUUCAUAUCAAUAUGAUGUAUGUCUAAAUAAAAAAGAAAUAAUGCCCCUAAAUAUUGCCACUUUUUUGGUAAAUGAGGGCUGAAGAUAACAAGAUUGUAUAUAGAUUGUCUUAGAAUUCUUAAUAGUUUUUACUCUAAGGAUCAGAAAUGCAAACUUUCGUGAGAGAAAUUAAUAGAUAUUUUCAUUAAUACAAAUGUUGAAGCAUAGCUUGCUACCAGUUUACAUUUAUAACUUUGUUUAAAUGUCACUGCAAAUCUAACAAAAUAGUUUAAAAUGUUAGGUGAUGAGUAAAGAUUUUCCAAUUUGAUUAUGAAGUUCUAAACUUUAUAGAAUUAUGGAUGAAGUUCGAUUAAGGGGAAAAAAUUGAACUAUUGGGACCAAUGUACGUUUUUCAUUCUGAACAAUGGCAAGAGACUAAUGAAUGUGGUUUAUUCCAGAGAUUUUUACAUUGGCUUGUUGUAAUACUAAUCGAAAAUUAAAUUGAAGAUAAUAUAAGAAACCCAGGAUGAUAUUUUUGUAUGUGAAAACUUGCUGUGAAUGCAUCAGUGGCUGUAACACACCAAGCACAGGGAAGUUGCUUUGUGGUUUUGGUGUUAAUGCUUUUUUUUCCUUUUGCUUAUUUGAUUUUUUUCCAGCUCUUCCUAUAAUCUCUAAUUUGUAGUUUUAUGAGCUAACUUUAACAGUUUUCUAUGUACAAUCAGACGUUUUUCCAUGUCAAUUUUGUAACAAAUGGUCCUCUUUUGAACACUGGAUGCCUUUCUUAGAGUAGACGUGCAUUUUGGGAUUGUAAUCAUGUGCUUUGUUCACAACUAAAAUCUCUUAACCUUUUUAUCUGCAGUAAUACUUUUAGGAUCUUUGCAGUUUCUAUUCCAACAGAUCAUUUGAACGUUAAAUUACAUAUUGUUUUUGAAUGAUUCAGUCGUCAUUUAUGAAUGAAUUUACAUUAAAAACCGGCUUUCAAAUGUACGUUUCAAGCUCAUUGAAGCAGAUUGAGUUUCUCUUCAGUUGAACCUUGAAUAAAUUAAAAUUUAAAAAAAACUGCAGAUGCUGGAAAUAUGAAAUAAAAACAGAAAAUGCUAAAAACUUUCAGCAGGCCGGGAAAGAAAAACAGCUAAUGUUCCGAGUCCAAGUCUCUUUGUGGAACUCUUUCCACAGAUAUUGUCUGACCUGCAGAUCGUUUCCAGCAUUUUCUGUUUUUAUAUCAAUCCUUGAUAUUGCCUCCUUUAUUCAACUUGGUUAUUUUAAAUUGCAUAUAAAUAUAUGUUUUGUAUGUGGAACAUAGGGGGAACGGAAUUCCCUUAUUCUUCUUUGCAUUCUACCAUACCUCCUUGUGCAAAUACAAUGUUAAAAUAUAAUUUGCUAUAAAUAUCAUUUUUCAAAACCAAAAGUAUGUAUAUGAAUGAAAUUGAUUUAAAAAAAAAAUGUUUUCCAUGUCUUGUAUGUGUUUCAUUUGAACUUUUGUUGGAAAUUAUUUAUGUUUAAUGUUGCUGCAGCUCUGCCUGUUGAGCGAAUUAUUUCUUAUGAUGCAGUUUGUACUGAUUAUAAAUGAAAUUCCACUUGCACCGUUUUUCUAAUUCAAAAUUCCAUCUGACUACAUUUUUCUGGAAGUCUUAUUUUCAGUCUGUAAUUAUAUUGCUAAAUAGCUUCAAGAAAAAAAAAGAACCAUGCCCCAGAAUGUCUGUCUCUUUCAAUACCAGUUAAUGGAAAGGUUGAGGAAGAAAAUAUUGUAUUUUGUUAAGCUGUGACUCUGCAUCUCCACUGGCAUCUGCACGGACAGACUUGCUUUCAAUCAUAACUGCAUCUAUUCUAGAUUUUGCACAUUUAAAAUAAUGAAAGUUAGAGUAUAAAUUCAUGUUAAUGGAUAUAUUUAUAGGUGUUAAUUAUGUACUAGUGCAUAUGUUGAAAUUAGUUUUGUUUGUUUCCUGAUAUUGGUCAAAAUGUUGACUUGUAUGGAUUAAUGUUUUAGUAACAGUGCAAAGUGCCAGCUAGUUCUUUGCAGAGUCUCUGCUUACAGGUAUCUACGCUUUACAUAAGUGUGUGCUAGUAUGAACUGGUAUCAACUCGUGUGGUUUGUCAUUAAAAUUGUUAUCAUGGCUUAUGAUUAUUGUAAUAAUAAAACGUGUUUAAUUGAAAUAAAACAAGUUUCUUGGCAAAACCAUUUGAAGCACCAAAAAUAAAAACAUUCUUCAAAUACG